AGGAGGGAAUUAAAAAAAAAAAAAAAAAAAAGGAAAAGAAAAGAAAGAAAAGGCCAAGCCUGGAGCUCAACUGGUGGCAGCGGAGCAGUGAGCUCUCCCCUUGCCUUCGGAAGAAUUUCUUGGCUUGCUGUGUGGGUGCCUGUUAUUUGGAUUGUGGCAGAGGACGUUGAGUCAGCUCCAGCACUAAUGAGGAGGAAGAGGAUGGCCACGCUGCCGAGGGCGUGUGCCGGGCUGCUGCUGCUGUCCCUGCUCUGCACCACCACCCUCUGCCAAAGGAGCAAAAAUAACCGCUGUGUGCAGAGCCGGGCGAAGAGCUGCUCUGAGUGCAUCCGAGUGGACAAGGAGUGCUCCUUCUGCACCGAAGAGAGCUUUGACGAGCCCCGCUGCGACCUGCGGGAGAACCUGCUGCGCUACGGCUGCGGGGAGGCCAGCAUCGUCUACAUGAGGGGCGAGAUGCGGACGGAGCAGAAUAUCAGCAUCAACACGCGCCUGCAGAGGACCCAGGUGGCCCCCCAGGGCAUGUUCAUGCGGCUGCGUGCUGGGGAGGAGAUGAGCUUCAACAUGGACGUCUUCCAGCCCCUGGAGAGCCCCGUGGAUCUCUACAUCCUCAUGGACUUCUCCUACUCUAUGUCCGAUGAUCUGGACAACCUCAAAAGCAUGGGCCACAAGCUAGCCGGGUUCCUGCAAGACCUGACCUCCAACUACACCAUCGGCUUCGGCAAGUUUGUGGACAAAGUCUCGUCCCCGCAGACAGACAUGAGGCCUGAGAAGCUUCGCGAGCCCUGGAACAACGCCGACUCCCCCUUCUCCUUCAAGAACGUCAUCCGCCUGACCAACAACAUCAACCACUUCAGCCAGGAGCUCAGGAAGGAGCGCAUCUCCGGCAACCUGGAUGCCCCCGAGGGCGGCUUCGAUGCCAUCCUGCAGACAGCUGUGUGCAAGGACAAGAUCGGCUGGAGGAAGGACAGCACGCAUCUGCUCGUGUUCUCCACCGAGUCUGCCUUUCACUACGAAGCUGACGGCACCAACGUCCUGGCAGGGAUCCUGGCAAGGAACGACGAGAAGUGUCACCUGGACUCCAGGGGCACCUACGUGUAUGACACCAAGCAGGACUACCCCUCGGUGCCCACCCUGGUGCGCCUGCUGGGCCAGCACAACAUCAUCCCCAUCUUUGCUGUCACCAACCACUCCUACAGCUACUACGAGAAGCUGCACAAGUAUUUCCCCAUCUCGGAGAUCGGGGUGCUCCAGGAAGACUCGUCCAACAUCGUGGAGCUGCUUCGCACAGCCUUCGAGCGCAUCCGCUCCAAGAUGGACAUCCGGGCUGACUACGUCCCCAAGGCCUUGAAGACAGAGUUCAGCUCCUCCAUGUACCAAAAGACAGAAUCCGGCUCCUUCCACAUCACCCGUGGGGAAGUGGGCAAGUUCAAGGUGCGCGUGAAGGCGCUCGAGUACGUCGGCGGGCAGCACGUCUGCAGCCUCCCGGAGAAAGACCGGCAGGGAGUUAUCCACGUGAAGCCCACAUCCCUGAGCGACAGCCUUGAAGUCAGAGCCUCGGUGGUCUGCGAUGUGUGCCCUUGUGAACAGCAUGCAGUCUUCUACUCGCCCAAGUGCAGCUUCCAUGGGGACUUCAUCUGUGGACGGUGCAUCUGCCGCGAAGGCUGGCAAGGGGACACGUGCAACUGCUCCCCGGAAUCGUCCUCCAACAACACAGACUGCAUCCGCCCUGGGGACAAGGAGGUGUGCUCGGGCCGGGGCGAGUGUCUCUGCGGGAAGUGCCAGUGCAACCUCGAGGGCCAGGCGCAGCGCUUCGACGGGGACUUCUGCCAGUACGACGUCCUGCAGUGCCCGCGCACCUCCGGCUUCCUCUGCAACGAUCGCGGUCGCUGCUCCAAGGGCGCCUGCGUGUGUGAGAGCGGCUGGGAGGGCCCCGGCUGCGAGUGUCCCACGAGCAACGACACCUGCAUUGACAGCCGGGGGGGCAUCUGCAACAACCAGGGGAGGUGCGAGUGCGGCAGGUGCAUCUGUGACAAGGCGUCUGUGUACAUCAGCUCCACCUGCGAGAUCAGCUACUCCCUGGGUUUCCAGGCCAUCUGUGAGAGCAUCCGGGACUGCGUCCAGUGCCAGGCCUGGGGAACGGGCAACAGGAAAGGGAACUGCAGCAUGUGCCACCUCCAGGUCCAGAUGGUGGAGGAGCUGAAGAAAGAGGAGGCCAACGAGCACUGCUCCUUCCAGGACGAGGAGGAUGACUGCACCUACCACUACACCCUGAAGGGAGACCCCAGCGUCCUCCCCAACGCCACCGUCCAGGUGCAGAAGAAGAAAGAGUGCCCUCCGGGAAGCUUCCUCUGGCUCAUCCCGCUGCUUAUUUUCCUGAUCCUCCUCCUGGGGCUGCUGCUGCUGCUCUGCUGGAAGUUCUGCGCCUGCUGCAAGGCUUGCCUGGCCCUGCUUCCCUGCUGUGCACGAGGUCGCACCGUUGGCUUCAAGGAGGACCACUACAUGCUGCGCCAGAGCCUCAUGUCCUCCGACCACCUGGACACCCCCAUGAUCCGCAGCGGGUCCCUCAAGGGCCGGGACACCGUCCGCUGGAAGAUCAACAACAACGUCCACAAGCAGGGCUUCGCCUCCCACGCCGCCACCGCCAACCCCAAAGAUCUCAUUCCCUACGGGCUGUCUCUGAGGCUGACCCGGCUUUUCACGCAGAACCUCAUGAAGCCGGAGAGCCGGGAGUGCGAGCAGCUGCGCAAAGAAGUGGAGGAGAACCUGAACGACAUUUAUAAGCACAUCCCAGGCUGCCACAAGCUCCAGCAGACCAAGUUCAGGGUACAGCCCAAUUCUGGGAAAAGGCAGGACCACACCAUCGUGGACACUGUGCUUACCGCCCCUCGCUCAGCCAAGACGGACAUCAUCAAAGUCACUGAGAAGCACGUCUCCCACGAGGCUUUCAACGACCUGAAGGUUUCACCGGGUUAUUACACCGUGACCUCGGAUCAAGAUGCUCACGGGAUGGUGGAGUUCCAAGAAGCCGUGGAGCUGGUGGAUGUCCGUGUCCCACUCUUCAUCAGGGAGGAUGAUGAUGAUGAGAAGCAGCUGCAGGUGGAGGCCAUUGAUGUCCCCACUGGCAUCGCAGAGAUUGGACGCAGGCUGGUCAACAUCACCAUCAUCAAAGAACAAGCCAGCAGCCUCAUCACCUUCUUGCAGCCAGCCUAUUCCCACAGCCGCUUUGACAAGGUGGCCAAGAUCCCUGUCCUGCGGGAGAUCAUAGACAACGGGAAGUCCCAAGUCACCUACAGGACCCGAGAUCUCACCGCUAAGGACGGCAGGGAUUACGUCUUUGCAGAAGGCGACCUGAUCUUCCAGCCCGGUGAGACACGGAAAGAGGUGCAGGUUUCUCUGCUGGAGCUCACCGAAAUAGACACCCUCCUGAACAACUGCCAGCUCAAGCAGUUUGCCAUCGACCUCCUCCAUCCCAAGUAUGGCGCCAAGAUCGGCCGCUACCCUCAGACCACGGUGACCAUCGCUGACCCAGAGGUGGUGGAUGGUGUCCCCCCACUGACUGGCAUGGGCCAGGUCACCCAGUCCCCCAAAGGCCGCCUGGGUGCACCGCUGAAUCCCAAUGCCCAGGCUCUCAGCUCCAGGAAAAUCCGCUUCAGCUGGUUUCCUCCGCCAGGAAAACCCCUGGGGUACAAGGUGAAAUACUGGAUCCAGGGGGACCCCGAGUCAGAAGCUCGCCUCAUCGAUGUCAAAUCACCAUCGGCAGAACUGAGUAACCUCUACCCCUUCUGUGACUAUGAGAUGCAAGUCUGCGCCUACAACGCCAUGGGUGAAGGGGCCUACUCCGACAUCAUCCACUGCCGCACGCUGGAGGACGUGCCCAGCGAGCCCGGACGCUUGGCUUUCAACGUUGUCUCUUCCACCGUGACGCAGCUGAGCUGGGCUGAGCCUGCAGAAACCAACGGGGAGAUCACGGCGUAUGAAGUCAGCUACGGACUCGUUAACGAGGACAAUAUACCCAUUGGCCCAGUGAAGAAGGUGCUGGUGGAAGACCCAAAGAAACGCAUGGUGCUGAUAGAAAACCUGCGGGAGUCCCAGCCCUACCGCUACAUGGUGAAGGCCAGAAAUGGUGCUGGCUGGGGGCCUGAGAGAGAAGCCACCAUCAACCUUGCUACGCAGCCCAGGCGUCCAUUGUCUAUCCCCAUCAUCCCCGAUGUCCCCAUCAUCGAUGCUGAAGGAGGUGAGGACUACGACAGCUACCUGAUGUACAGCACAGAUGUGCUUCGUUCUCCAGCUGGCAGCAAGCAUCCCAGCGUCUCUGACGAUUCAGGCUCCAGGUGGAAAUAUGUGCAGCUGCUGGGAGAAGACUUGGAUCUUCGCCGCAUCACCUGGAGGCUCCCACCCGAAACCAUUCCCCGCCUCUCUGGCAGCAGCCACCUCUCCUCAGACACCGAGGGUCUCCUCCGCGAGGAGGACAGCGACGUGGCUACUGGCAGCCCGAUGAGGAGCGGGACCCCCCGGCCUCAAGCAGAGCACCUGCUGAAUGGCCGGGUGGAUUUCUCCGGCAGCAGCGGCACGCUGACCAGGACAACAAACACCAACUACCACCAGCUGAGCUCACACAUGCAGCAGGAGCACAGGGUGAUGGGCAGCUCCUCACUGACCAGAGACUACUCCAUGACGAUGAUGGGGCAUGAUUACCCAGGGAGACCCCUCCCUCCCAUCCGUGAAGAUGCUGGGAGGACAAUCCCGCUGCCCCGGGAUGUGGGUUUCAGGAGCAGGGCAAAGGUGAAGGGUUACUACCCCAGCACUGGCUUUCGGGACUCUAUAAUCAUGACUGAUGGGUCCGCAGGGAUUUGCAAGUACAUAGAUUCCAGGCUGCCACUGGGCAUCCCCGACACCCCGACCCGUUUGGUCUUCUCCGCCUUGGGACCCACCUCCCUGAAGGUGAGCUGGCAGGAGCCGCACUGCGAGAAGGAGGUGCAGGGCUACAGCGUGCAGUACCAGCUGCUCAACGGAGGAGAGGUGCACCGCCUCACCAUCCCCAACCCCGGCCAGAACUCAGUGGUGGUGGAGGACCUGCUGCCCAACCACUCCUACAUCUUCAAGGUGAAGGCACAGAGUGAGGAAGGCUGGGGCCCUGAGAGGGAAGGAGUCAUCACCAUCGAGUCCCAGGUGGACCCGCAGAGCCCGCUCAGCCCUGUUCCAGGUUCCCCCUUCACUCUGAGCACACCCAGCGCUCCCGGACCACUGGUCUUCACUGCCCUCAGCCCCGAUUCCCUGCAGCUCAGCUGGGAGAGGCCCCGCAAGCCCAACGGGGCCAUCCUGGGCUACAUGGUCACCUGUGAGAUGCUGCAUGGAGGAGGGGAGCCCAGGAAUAUCUACGUUGAAGGAGACAAUCCAGAAACAACCCUGACCGUGCCCCACCUGAGCGAGAACAUCCCGUACAAGUUCAAAGUGCAAGCCAAGACCACCCAAGGCUUCGGGCCGGAGAGAGAAGGCAUCAUCACCAUCGAAUCUCAGGAUGGAGGCACUUUCUCACAGUUUGGAGGACAGCAGUACAUGAGAGAAGUGUACAACUUUCCCACUGAAUACACCACCAAAACCAGCAUCAGCCACUCCUCCCUGGACCCCCACUUCUCAGAUGGCAUGCUGAUGACGACCCAGCGGGUGGAGAGCGCCAGCAGCACCCUCACCAAGCAGGUCACCAAAGAAUUCGUCAGCAGGACCGUGAUGUCCAGCGGGACCCUCACCAAGCAGAUGGAGAGGCAGUUCUACGAGGCCUGAGCCAGGGCAGGCUGCCUGCCAGCGGGACGCCGCCGUUGGGGCUAGUGGGGCUUCGUGGCACGGUCCAGUGGUGCUUCAUCCAGACUCUGCUGUGGUGCCUGGGCAGCUCCUCCUAUGGGCAGAGACUUUCCAGGGCACUUCAAGCUCUGGAGCUCUCCUUUAGAGCCCAGUGCACUCCAAGCUCUGGCAUGGUUGGGUCAUCAGGUGGGUGCUCGCCAUCCCCUGUCCUGCCCUGCAGAGCCCCAGUCCUGCAGGAUCUACAGGGACGCCUUCCAUGAGCAAUCACCGGUCACUCCAACACCGUUUUUGAUGCCCACCCAUCCAAGCACUCCUGCAGAAGGGCAGGUGCCUCGAUGGCCCCAGCCCCCCCAGGUAAAUGGAAGGCAAUGAUCUGUUCCCGGGUCCUCGGUUUUGAGAGGAGCCCAGCCUAUGGCAUCCUGAACAGCCCAAUUUAUAGAGGGUCACCGUUCCCAUCUUUGCUCCGGGCUCUCUGGAAAACGGCUGUCUGCUGGAGAUGGUGAUUUUGUUCUGGGUUAUUUUAAGAGCUGCAUGGUAGCGGGUCAGGGUAACCUCUGCUUUCCUACUGCACCUGUCCUUUGCUGCUAACCUUUGGUACCACGAUAGCAAAGCAUAGCCUUUCAUCUGUAUGGCACUACUCGUGUUGGCCUCUGAUGCAUUUUUUUUGCAUACGUUAUUGUACAGUUUUCGUAGUAUAUAUAUAAAUAUAUUAUAAAUUUUAUUAUUUUAUAAAAAAAUGGAGGUGGAUGAGAUCUAUGCUGAGUGUUGGAGGAUAAACUGGGACCAUGGCUGCUGAGAAGCAUCACAUAACUGGAAGAAAUUAGUUAAGGGCUCAAUCCAAAGGCCACUAAACCCCAUGGAAAGCCUGGUUUUGGGCAGCCUCCAGCAGAGGCUGCCAGCAGCUGUGUGUGAACCAAGUCUACCUGUUGGAGCUGCAGCACGUGUCUGUGGAAGGGCUGAGAGGUGUCAGGGAGCAGGGCGAGAGGAAUGGCUUCGUUACGGUGCCUGGAGCUGGGAACAGUGCUUGGGACAUCCCACAAGGCUGAUAUGGACAGAGGCUGUGGACAGAAACUGUUGGAUUGCCUUCAAAAGCCCUUUUGCCCAACAGCAAUGUCCCAAAAGGGACCUGUGAGUACUCGCUAAACAAAAGGAAGGAACAGGACUGGGAAGAGCAGCACUUCUUCAGGCUGAACUUCUCUCCUUAGGCUCUUUCUCCUUGGCUUUAGCCGUCCUUGGACAGUGCUGGGUGCGGGGCUGAGCCAGGACCUUGCUGGGCCUUGUUUCCCAGCUCUGGGGAGGAUGCCCAGCAUCUCGCCGCCCUCUGCCAGCACAGAACAACUGGGCUCUGUGUCUGGAUGAAAGUCACGUUUCCCUGGCUUGUUUCAGCAGCACGGGCACAGGCGAGGAGCUGCUGGAAAAAAAGAUCCUGCCCGAAGCAGCAGCGCCACCUUCCUGGGUUGGUGCUUUGACUAAAGCAGCAGCUGGCUUUUCUCCCUGGCAGCAUCACCUGCUUGAUUUGAUCUGAUGCUGCACCUUGGCUUUUUUGGUUUGGCUUAUUUUAUUUUUUGGAAUCAGAGAAAGAUUUUCCAGCUCUGACAAUGCUGAGAGCUCCCUCUCCUCGCCAGGCUACUCCUGUGGAGAGGAUGGGUUUUAGGUGUUUGAGCACAGCUGCACAGGGAUGAGCGAUGUCCGUAGGGGUCUCCAGGAGUGCAGCUGGAGCUGGGGCAGUUUUGAACUUGGAGCAGGGAAUCCUUCAACGAACCUACCCAAGCUGUGGCUUUCCCAAGCAAGCAGGGAUGGCUUCCAGCUCCCCUCUCACCCCUGGAGCUGGGCUUUCCUCUCCCAGCCCAGCAGGAACCAUUUCCAGCUGCUGCCUCUCUUCCUGCCCAUGAACUCCACCCCCCUUUCCCUGUGCUUUGUGCUCCAAGGGAAAAGACUGAAUGCAGCCUCAAACAGAAGCCCCGUUUCCAAACACUUUAACCAAAGGCUAAGAGAAGCAAACAGCUCCCCCGCUGCUGCUCUCCCUGGCACCACCUGCUCCCUGUGUGCGUGAGGCCAGGUCCCCAACAGUGUCACUUUUCAAUUCUCAUCUGGUCAUUCGGGCUGUCGGUGUUCUAGGUCAAUCCGACAGCAGGUCUCCGAUCAGCUGGCUCCCUAUUGCACUCAAUAAAUAUUUUCUCUUGUC